AUGAUGCAACCACAAGUGCCAGCUCAACCCACAGUGAAAGUAGAAGGCAGUGAUUUAGCCCAAAUCACCAUCAAGACGCAGAUUCCGGAAUUUUGGACUGACCAACCGCGACUAUGGUUUGGCCAAUUCGAGGUCAUAGUGGCAGACCAGAAACUAGGUGAGAGAAAAAAAUUCAACUUAGAGUCAGACAGUCAGAGAAUCCGGAAAUUAUUGAAGGAAAUCGAUCUGGGAGAUCAAAAACCGUCGCAGCUGCUACGAAGAAUGAAGGACCUUAGCAGAGGAAAGUUCCCAGACGAUACCCUGCGCAUCCUGUGGAGUGGGCAUUUACCAGCGGCAGUACGUACCGUGUUGAGUACCAGUGAAGUUACCGACCUUAAGAAGCUAGCUGAGCAGGCGGACAAGAUCAUGGAGGCAGCGGAGACGAACGACACAGUCUCAGAAGUCACCUCUGGCGCGUCAACAUCGAGCACCGACGCAUUAGUAGCAGAAAUAUCGAAACUAAGCAAGAGGAUAGACGACAUGCACACAGAUAGGCAGAAUAGGAAGAAGUCCUACGCUCGAUCUCGUUCACCAUCUCCAAGGAGACGGAGAUACUACCCGUCGCAACAGGGGUUCAGGAAGAAAUCAACGGAUUGGGUGUGCUACUACCACUUUCGAUACGGCAAUAAAGCUACGAGAUGUGAACAACCCUGCAGCUGGAAAGGUGGCGCCACGUCAUCGGAGAAACGCCAGUCGGGAAACUAG